GAAAAUAGCAAAAAAAGAGUUAAGAAAUAAUUUAAAAAAAAGAAGUAAAAAGAAAUUAAGGCAAAGCAAAGGAAAUAGAUGUGAAUUGUUAAUAGUUUAUAUCAAACAAAAUUAAUGUAUUUUGUAUGUAAACAAUAUAUAAAAAGUGGUUCGAACAGUUGAGAGAAUAGAAGAAAAAUUGAAAAGUGAACGAGUGUUGAGUUAUAAAUUUACGAGACGGAGAUAUAAUAAGAUAAGUGAAAAGACAUUAAUUAUUGUUUGAAGGAAAGUGCUAUCACUAUAACCAGGACAAAACUACCAUAAACUGCUAGAUAUUAUUAGAUAUAUACACGAAAAAAAGAGGAAAAAGUUUUUCUCAUCAUCGCGGAAAAGCUCCACAGCUGUAUCUCGAGGAAAUCAAUUUUCAAUUUUGUUCCUGUGCUAUUCUUCUUCUGCACCAAAAGAGCAGUUACGACUAAACACCAACUUUGUUGGCAGCACAUUAGGAUAAACUCAAUUUGAAACACACAACAGAAUGUCGACAGAAGAGAUAGAGAACGGUGGUUUUAUAGAUCGAGUUGUUAACUUUUUUGUAGUAAAUGAAGAUCCACGUACAAAGACAUGGUUUCUCGGGAACACACCUGGACCACUUGUAUCGAUUUUGGUAACCUAUCUUUAUUUCUGCCUAUAUGCUGGUCCACGAUAUAUGAAAAAUCGGAAACCAUUUCAAUUGACGAAAACAUUGAUCGUUUACAAUGCUGCACAAGUUGUUUUUAGUAUCGUUUUAGUCAUUGAAGGGUUAGAAGGCGGUUGGAGGAAACAUUAUAAUUUUCGAUGUCAACCUGUUGACUACUCAACAAAUCCAAGUGCAAUAAGGAUGGCUCGUGCUGUAUGGUUAUAUUACAUGGCAAAAAUUGUUGAACUUUUGGACACUGUAUUUUUUGUUUUACGCAAAAAACAAUCACAAGUUAGUUUUCUUCAUGUCUAUCAUCACACAUUAAUGCCAUUUUGUGCGUUCAUCGGAGUCAAAUAUUUUGCAGGUGGACAUGGAACUCUCCUAGGUCUCAUUAAUUCAUUUAUUCAUGUUAUUAUGUAUAUGUAUUACAUGCUGUCUGCAAUACCUUCCAUGCAAAAAUAUUUAUGGUGGAAGCGAUACUUGACCAUUAUGCAAAUUAUUCAAUUUUUGAUCGUCUUCUGUCAUACAAUUCAAGUUCAGUUCCGGCCAAGUUGUACUUAUCCGAAAUCAAUUGCUGCUUUACUUACACUUAAUGCUGCCCUAUUCACCUACAUGUUUUCAUCAUUCUAUAUUAGAUCUUACACCAAAAAGAGACGGGAUCAUGGCGAACAAAAAAAAGUCAUUUGUGAUGAAAAUAGUAAUGUAGUGGAACAAGUUGAUAAAAUGAUAAAAAAGGAAUAGAGGACUAUUGUAUUUCAAAGAAAAAGGAAAUAUAAUUAAAAUGAAAUCGUUUAAAGUCAAAGAUGUUGAUAAUGAUAAUGGUCGUACUUUCUACUUCUAAUCCAUUCAUAUUUUAUAUUUAUUAAUUUUAAGGAAUUUUUCGAGCAGAAAAAUGAUAAAAUACAAUUUUUUUUUAA